AUGUCGUUUGGCUUUGGGGCAUAUUUACCUUUCAACAAACAAUGGCUAAGCGGUAAUAUUCCCUGGGUUCGAAAAGUCUACACAAGUACGGAAUUCGUCAGUACCGUAGUGGGAUCGCCUGCAGUGUUUACACCCUCACCCACUGCUCCUAUGCAACCCGGCCCAUCAUCGACAGCAGUCCCACUCACGACGAUGACCUCUCCUCUUGUUCCUCCGCACACACCAACCAAUGCAGGAACCCCAGGGCCGGGUCCAUCUCAAGCAUCGCCUGUCAAUUCUCAUAUAUCAUCCUCGCAUUCAACAAUUGAGGAAACAGAUGACCACGAUCCUACACCACCACUUUCCGUUGAUAAGGUCUCAUCGCCUACGGCGACACCCAAACUGGCCUCUCCAAAUGUUACGAAAGCAUUGGUUCAGGGAAAGGAUGACAUAUCGAGCGUGAAUUAUCCACCGGGUGUGCAUAGCCCCGUGGUUGAGGAUACCCUAAGCGACAUAGAUGAAGUCAUAACCGAGAUUUCCGGUUCCAGAGAAAGUAGAACGAGCCAAGUGAUGAAGGAUCACAAUCGACGUCACAGCAGUGUAUCGAAUACCCACCCGUCAUUCACACCAAUAGGACAGGUUGUUCAGGAUUCGUCCUCGGAGUAUUCAAAGCAUGAAAACGAAUCCGGCUCUGAAAUUGAGGAUGAUGACCCAGAAGGUGCUAAUCUGCCCGACAGCGGAGAAGUGUUUUAUACGGCGGAACAGAUCAAGGCUUGGACGCCUACGGAGGUCGCUCAAUACCUGGAAAGUCGCAACAUUCCCUUCGCUUCUUGUCAAAAGUUCGAGGAACAGGAAGUCAACGGGUCAAUUUUGCUACAACUAGAGAUGCCGCAUCUCAAGGAAUUGGAGCUGGGAAGUUUUGGGAAGAGGUUUGAGAUUUGGAAGGAGAUUGAGAAUUUGGUGAAGAGGUCUAAGAGGCCGCCUCCAAAGACAAAACCGAGAAGUGGAAGUGAUGCACGGUUAUCCGCGGUGGGUAUAUCUCAGACAAGCCCUCGUCAAAGAAGCAGCACAAUUGGAGGGGGGCCGGUGCUACCGAUGAUUCCCAGUCAUCAUAACCGGCCAGUCUCAAAGCAGCAUCAUAUCAAUACUCACGAAGCGAAUAUCCUAGACCCUAGAAAUCAUGGUUACGCGCCUCUCCAUACCCCAAUGACAGCAACCACUACGGCCUCGGGCACGGGCGCCAACACCCCGCCCGGUGUCUUUGAGGCACCCCGCUCGCCGCCGAUUUCACCUCGACGAUCGGGCACUACCUCGCAUCAUUGUCGCACCGUUUCCGGAAGGCGACUUUCUGCACACGAACUCUCACCAACAGCUUUAAACGUUGCUUUAUCCGCUUCGACGGCAAUUCUUACAGCCGGGAUGGAUGGAAAGGGGCACCAAAGAAUUUCAUCUUUUGAUCGGAACUGGUCAAGUUCUGCACUGACUCAAACUCUACCUCCUACGGGGGAUGACAUUGGAGAAUUCGGGCACAAGACGAGUGCAAGCGUUGGAACAGGGGAUACGGGUUUUACUGGUGAUAGUGGGUUCUCGGGAUCGCAGCCCCAAACUCCAAAAGUGACGGAGCGUAGCUACUUUUCUAGUGGAGAAUCUACCCCCAGAGAACGCAAAUUGUUGCAAAAAAAGAAUGGGGGUAAUCAUGCCAGGAAAGCUAGCUACACUGAAGAACAAAGGCUGAGAAGUGGUACAGCUCAUGCUAGACAGUCUAGGGUCGGUAGCGCGGAAACCCCCGGAAAACCUGCACCCGUGUGUACGGCGGCUCAGGUCUAUCACAUUCGUGGCAACAGCAAGGAAAAACAAAAUAAACGGAAAAGCACUUCGCUGAGUGGGCCUCCGGAAGGAUUUCCCUAUGAUUCGCCAGGCCUCUCCCCGUCCCUGUCAGGAAGGGUACCCCCUCGUGGGACAACGGAUGAUCCCAUCAUUGCGAACACGAGCAUCCUUACCCCUGUUGUUCCUACCCGUUCUGUAUCGGAAACCCUCAAGAAAGCGGAUUCCGGAUUGGGUUCCGGCGAUGGGUCUACCCCCUCGCUCACCCCAACCCUCGAGUCGGAUACGGUGGCAGGGCCCCCGGAGAGGCCCCCGAAGGCAGACCGAACCCGGUCAACCCCGGGCCGCCGCAUCCGUGGUGUUUCCUCUGGGACCGCGCUUCGCCAGAAAUCGAAGAAGCACCACACAAGCGCGUGGGAGAAAGGGUUACGUGAGAUCACGCCGCAGGAAGCCGCCGAAACAGCUGAUUUUAGUGGGUGGAUGAAGAAACGCGGCUCAAGUGGGCUUGGUGUUUGGAAGCCCCGGUUUUUUGUGCUUCAGGGUCGGCGGUUGGCAUAUUUUUAUGCGGACACUGAUACCAAGGAGCGUGGAUUGAUUGACAUUACAUCCCACAGAGUCCUCUCGGCUACGGACGACAGAUUUGUUAGCCUGCACGCUCAGUUUGCCGCCGUUACGAGCCCCAGCGCCAGCCCGCACGCCCCGUCCAGUGCUUCCCCGACAAUGCAAAGCGCUACAUCACUCAACGGGGAAAAGUCACCAACAUCACCGAACCUCCCGCCGCCGCCGCCGCCGCCGCCGGAGAAGAGGGAAAAGGGCGCCGACAAAGACAGGGGCAAAGAGAAGGAAGAGAAGGAGAGAGGCUGGUUCACAUUCAAACUUGUCCCCCCGGCCCCCGGUGCAUCCAAGGGGGUGACGUUUACACCCCCGAGACUGCACUACUUUGCCACCGACACCAGAGAAGAAGGCAAGAAAUGGAUGGGCGCGAUAAUGAAAGCCACAAUCGACCGCGACGAGUCAAAGCCCAUUGUCAGCAGUUACAACGCAAGGACCAUAUCCCUGGCCAAAGCACGCCAGCUCAAGUCCCGGCCACCAGAGUUGGCGAUAAGAGAUGAUGGCAACGGCAUGGACUUUGGCCUCGAUCGUAACGGCCGUCCGGAAAGUUCAACUUCUGGCCUUGCUAUCACAGGAAUAGAAUUCGGUGACGGAGGCGAGGAGGCUGAUGUUGAGGAUGGCCGUGACGGGAGCGUGGAAACUGCGGGGAACGGUGAGGCGGAGAGUAGUCAUGACGGUGGGGAUGAGAGGGAGAGGGAGGAGAGCUUGAAGAGUGGCCGGGAGAGCGGAGGGGUCGAGGUUGUGCUUGGGGAGACGGAGACGGAGGAGGAGAGGGGGCGGAAGGAGUUGUUGAGUUUGGUGGGUGACAUUGGGAUUAUU